GACUUGCUCCUGAGGCCAAUAAAUUAGUAAGCAGCCUGAAAACGAUGCCGAUGCUGCAUGACGAGGCAUAUGCCCAGGAAACAAAACUGAACAACUUCCAUGAAUUUCCAGAUAACACGUUGGUACUCCCUAUAUCUAAGCAAAACAAAAGAAUUUUUUACACAAUCCUGGAGCUCUCGCCACUGCUUGAUUCUUCCAACAUGACGCCAGAGGACUGGGCCAAAAUUGCAAAGAAACUUGAGGAGCACUAUGAAAAGUACGAUGGUUUUGUGAUCCUUCACGGCACUGAUACCAUGGCCUAUACAGCUUCAGCCUUAUCCUUCAUGUGUGAGAACCUGGGUAAAACUGUUGUUCUGACAGGAUCUCAGGUGCCCAUCUAUGAGUUGCAGAAUGACGGCCGAGCCAACCUUCUGGGGGCACUGCUGUUCGCUGGGCAGUUCGUGAUUCCUGAGGUGUGCCUGUAUUUUUAUAAUAAACUGUACAGGGGAAAUAGGGUGACUAAGGUGGAUGCUGGGAGUUUCAAUGCCUUUUCCUCACCUAACCUGCCUCCACUUGCAAAUGCUGAGGUUGAUAUUACAAUAAACUGGGAAACGGUGUGGAGACCCAAUACCAAAAAGAAAUUUAGAGUUCACACCAAUAUGAACAGGAAUGUUGGACUUCUGCGAAUCUUCCCAGGAAUCACUGCUGCUGCUGUAAAAGCAUUUCUUCAGCCUCCAAUUGAGGGCAUUGUACUUGAAACUUAUGGAAGUGGCAAUGCCCCAAACAACAGAGAAGACUUGCUGGAAGAACUGAAGAAAGCAACUGAACGAAGAGUAGUGAUUCUAAACUGUACACAGUGCUUACGAGGGUCUGUUAAAACAGUCUAUGCAACAGGACAGACUCUCGCUGAUGUUGGAGUAAUUCCUGGAGGUGAUAUGACACCAGAGGCAGCCCUAACUAAACUGUCAUACACACUCAGCAAGAGAAAGCUUAGCUGGGAGGAGAAGAGGCAGAUGCUGAGUGAGAAUCUAAGAGGAGAAAUGACUGUUGUACCCACAGGAGCCAAGAUCUCUCUGAGAGAUAGCAAGUUUAUUCAAGUGAUUGCCAAAUCUCUAAAUAUCAGCACCAAGGAGGAGUUAGAAGCUGUAAGAGAUGCAUUAAUUCCACCUUUGGCUUGCGCUGCAGCUAAACUGGGUGACAUAGAUGCACUAAGAGCCAUAGCAGAAAUGGGUGGAAACUUGAGCUGUGGAGACUAUGAUGGCCGAACUCCGCUUCAUAUUGCAGCCUCUGAAGGGCAUUUACCAUUAGUUGAGUACUUGUUAACAUCAGGUGCAACUGUUUAUGCUAGAGACAGAUAUGGAUCUACCCCACUGAUGAAUGCGAUCAAGUUCAGGCACAUAGAAGUGAUUAAUUUGUUACGAGAAACGGGAGCGCACCUUUCAAGCCAUGACUUGGAGAACGUUGGAACAAUACUGUGCAGCCUUACAGCUAUAGGCGAUGUGGAUGGGCUGCAUGCCUGGUUCCUAGCUGGUGCAGACCUGAAGCAAACUGGUUAUGAUGGCAGGAGUCCCCUACAAGUAGCAGAGGCUACAGGCCAUAAGGAGGUUCUUGACUUCUUUAGACAAAGGCAGUAA